UUAAGAAGAAAGUUAGUUCAGAAUCUCUUCGUCGCCGUUUCCGAUCAUCUUUGGCCUGGCUUAAAGAUGUCAACUGUGAGCCUCUCCUCCCCCUGCCUGCUCAAAAGUGGAGCCCCAAGGGGCACCAGUGUCUUUAUCCAGAGUCCAGCUUCUUUGAGUUCUGUGAAGAGCAUUUCUAAGGCCUUUGGCGUUAAGGUUUCCUCAAACUUCAGAGCAUCUGCAAUGGCAGUAUACAAGAUAAAGCUGAUUGGACCAGAAGGAGAUGAGCAGGAGAUUGAGGCCCCAGAUGAUGCUUAUAUUCUUGAUUCAGCUGAGAAUGCAGGCUUGGAGCUUCCCUACUCUUGCAGGGCUGGGGCUUGCUCUACUUGUGCGGGGCAGUUGGCGUCAGGUUCAGUCGACCAGUCAGAUGGUUCCUUCCUUGAUGAGAAUCAGAUGGAGAAGGGUUAUGUGCUGACCUGCAUCUCAUAUCCAACUGCUGACUGUGUGAUUCACACACACAAAGAAGGUGAACUCUACUGAGUAUUGUUGCAGUCAUUUUUUUGGUCUGAUGGAACUUCGGAGUUGUCUUGGUUCCCAGUAUUUGCUAAGGAGAACUCUGGGUUUGAUGAUAUUGGAUAAUUUUUCUUUCUUAGUGUUAA